AUUAUUACUGCUUUGUUUGUUUUCCAAAAUAUGAAGACUUCCGCCAAGGUUUGAAAUCUUCUAUCCGCCUGUUGAAAUUUCUCAGCCAAAUAUGCGCAUCUGAAUGUCAUAGAUUACUCUUAUUGUGUAAUUGAGGGAUCUGGCGUAAUGUCGGCUGGUAAGCAUUGUAGCCCUCUGGGCAAGAUGGCGAAAAUCAAAAACUAUCUUUACCUUGGAGGGCUAGCUGCGGCGAAAAUGGAAGAUUUGCUCAAGGAAAAUGGAAUAACAUGCGUCAUCAGCGGUAGGAAUGGACCAAAUACGAAUUUAUUCGAGCUUAAUACCGGAUUUAUUUCAUGAGGGUAUUGCACCUUGCGCUGGAUAUGGCCCACAACUUCACUGAUCCUGCACAUGUUUACUUAUAUCAUGUCUUCUAUUAUCCAUUAUUUUAAGCUGCACUGGAAUCGCCUGAAUUGGCGUAUGAAUCGAUAACUUGCAUAAGGAUAAAGCUAGAAGAUAACCCGACCUGUAACAUCGGAAUAUAUUUUGAUCUAGUGGCCGAUAAAAUUGGUGAGUUAAAUCAAGUUUUAUUCCAUGCCUAUCCUCUCGCUCUAAGUUGUGAUGUACACUCUUUUUUAUCAGAACGUCUAAUUUGUCGUUUAGACUGCACGUUUUUCGUCUUCUUCUUUUUUUUUUUCUUGGCGACUUGAGCGAGAAAACGUUCUCAACCUGUUCUUAAAGUUGUGUGGUACAUAACGUAUUUCAAUAAAUCGACGGAGUUGUUCUUCAAUGUACCGUGCAAUAAGAAAACAACAUUGUUAAUUAAUAUAGAGCAAAAUGUCCCUAAGUAUUUGAGUUAAUGGUCCUGUUAGAUCACAGAUUUACGUUUCGUUUACAUUUAUGUAUACUUCUCGCAAAAAAAAAAAGAGAAUGGGCAAAUAAAUACCUUCUUAACCCUUUAAUUCCCAAGAUCUGAUUGUUAAUUCUCCCCUGUAGCUGCUAAACAUUUCCUUGUAAAUUAGUUGUGAAAACUUGGUGCUUGAUCAAGAUAGCAGCUUCUAUCUGAUAAGUUUGAAUAUUCUCAUUACCUUUUUGCUGAAUAAUGUAUGAAUAUUACAGGAAGAAGUUUCAUUUUAAUCAGUUCUGGGAGUUAAAGGGUUAACUGAAUCUCAGCCUGGGUGUGUUUAUAAAAAAAGUUAUUUUUUUAAAAAAAAAAGAUUGUACAUGUUCCUUUUGCCCGACAUGUUUUUUAUAGCUGGAAAAGGUUUGUUGACAGUAAGUUUAUGUUCUUCAACUUUUCUCAUGUUGUAGAAAAGGUUCAACGAGAAGGAGGAAAGGUACUCGUCCACUGCAUUGCAGGAGUAAGCAGGUGAAUUUCUUUUUCAAGUAUCAUUUGGAAUCUCGAAGGCUUAAGUUUUAAGGCAGGUGAGAGCAAACAUUGUUUUGCUCUGACAAAGGUCUAACGCUCAAAAGUGUCAGCUUUGAAACUCUUUACUGAGGCCAAUUCACAUAUACAACUCAGUUGAUGACACCAAAUUAUCUUGUUGCAUGAUUGGUCAUAAGAGACUUCUUACCCCAUCUUGAGCCCAAAAAAUGUAUUAAAAAAAAAAAAGAAUAACAAAAGAUCAAUGUACAUGUACAGGAAGGAAAGGCAACCUAAUCCAUGCUGAAUGAUACAGUAUUAUUAUAAUUAUUAUUAUUGUUAUUAUUUUUAUUAAUUAUCAUUAUUAUUAUUAUCAUAAAUUUGUAUCAUUAAUGAGGUGACUUCAGAUAUGCAAUAGAUUACAUGUAGCCAGGUGAAAGGGUGUGGUAUGCACAUUAUCUAGUAGUAGCCAACAUUUCUUUAUCCUCGUUAUUGUUAGUACAUAAGAUGGUAAACCAUAUUAAACAAUAUUUUCUAGUUCAUAAACAAGCAUGUAUUUUACAGAUCAGCAACUUUAGUCUUGGCUUACUUGAUGAAAUAUCAAAAGAUGAAGCUGAUUGAUGCUCAUGCAUAUGUCAAGCAAAAGAGACCUCUUGUCAGACCAAAUGCUGGAUUCUGGAAAUAUCUAGUUGAGUAUGAGAAGAAGCUGUUUCAGAAGAACUCUAUCAGUAUGGUGGAAUCCAAAUUUGGUGUGUUUAGUUUAUACUAUAUUUAUACCAUAAGGCUAAUCUACACAUGUUUUUUACAGCUAUUUGGAACUCUAGGUGACAGGGGUGACUUGAUAAUCGAUCACACAUAUUUCCUCCAAUAGCUUUUCCCAUUGACCUCAUGAAUUGACAGCCUCUGUCAAAAGUUGCUAGUCAAAGGGUUUGCCAGAUUCUGGUAUACUGGAAAGACCUUUAAAAAGAUUUUACAGACAUUCUUUGUGCAACCCAACCCAAAACUACCCCGGCUUGUGUUUUCACUCAUCUGCUACUAACACACUUCAUUUUUCAUUAAACUAAUCUUCAUUAAUUUACGAGAUGAAUACAUCUUUCUUUUUUCUCUUUAGCAUAUGAAUAAAAUUAAUUAAAACAUGAUUGGGAAGUGAUUACUAAUGAAUUAAUUUUCUUUAAAUGACUGGCUUCAAUUUGAAGCUCUGACUCUUUCUGACUUCAGUUGUUUUUAAUCAUUACCUCACAGUUCACUUUGUAUAGUUUAACCCUAUGUAUGCACAUACUGUUAAUGACAAAUUUGGUUGACAUUUUUUCUAACUAUUACAACAGUCGCAACUUUGCCUAUCUAUUAGUUGCUUUGUAGCACUUCCUCUAUAAACACUGACAAUUUAGCAGAUUUAAUUUUUCAAGUAUAAGUGAAAAAUUUACAAAAUGAUGGUAGGAGCUCAACAAAUGUUACAACUAAUCAAGAAACUAGAAAAACGUAAUAAUAUUACCCAUUAUAUCCCAAGAUGUGAUUGUCAAUUCUCCUCUCUAGCAGCUACACAUUUCCUUGUAAAUUAGGUACAAGAAUGUGGUGUUAGAUCAAGAUAAAAACUUCCACCUGAUAAAUUUAGGUACUCUCAUUACCUAUUUGCUACUUUAGGGGGAAGUUACUUGCUAAUUAUUGCUGGGAGGUAAAAUGUUAAUCUUAAAUUUUGGGUGUUCUUGAGUCUGUAAACUCCAAAGGAUCCUAUAAACAAACCUAAAUACUUUUUUGCUGCAUAAGUAAGUUCUACUUGUCAAUUUCAAACAAGUUUCUAUUGAAGGAAUCAUUACUUUAUGAAUUAUUUCAACCUUAAUAAUAUGGUGAUAUUUUCUUCAUCAGGUUUGAUACCCAAUAUCUAUAAAGAUGAAACAAACAACUUGGUUUGGUGACAAAUUUAGAAGAUGAUUUUAAAAGCUUGCAAGGAACAGAAGGGCAGAUGAUUAGGGUGUUUCAUAUCGAUUUUGUUCAGAAUUAACCUGGUACCCUUAUCUAAUUAGAGAGGCCAUACAUGUACUUUUGUGUUUUAAUUUUUAUUUCUCAAUUGUUGAUUUGGAGUUGUUUACACUCUCAAGGUUUGCUAGAAAACCAUACCUGUGUUUAGAUUGCAAUGGUCAAAUCUGUACAGUUUCCUGGAUUUGAAACAGUAAACUACUUAACAGUUCAAAAGCCCCAGCCUUCAGGGCACAUACCGGUAUACUAAUAUACAAGAAGGUGGGGGGGGGGGGCCCAACCACAUCCACACAAGAUGUAGAAAAAAUGCACCUAAGGCAUAUUCAUGUAUGCAAGAGAAUGUGAAUAAAACCAGUUGUACAUGAUAGAGCUUAAUGAAAAUCUAGUGAUACAUUUGUGAUUGGUUGUUCAAUAAUUUUAUUCUGUAUAAUGAAACACUGGUGGCUUAAUAAAUGUGACAUAAGUCCGUUCUUCUUGUAUUUGAUGAACUCUAUUUUAAGAGAGGCAUGAAGUUAUAUUCUGGAGAGGCUGGAAAGGGAACCAAUGUGCAUAAGGUACGCAUGCAAUGAAAAUUGCACACAUACCUCAUACAAUGAAAUCUUAAUGUAAUCCCCCCUAUUAUUACUAUUAUUGCUGUUAUCAAAAUACUAAUAGUAAAAAUUUUGUUCAAAUUUAAAAAUAAUAGUGGCAUUUAUUCCCUCAUGAUUUGAAUAUGUUAUAUAGAAAACUGUCUUGUUAAUAACUGAUAAUAACUUUCAUGUCUAAAAUUCUACAAAACAAUGAAUAAUUUUUUAUGAAAAUUAUUAAGUUACAAACUAAUUAGAAAAAAUGUCAUACCUUUGUUUUAAUAGUAGUAGUAGUAGUAGUAGUACUACUACUACUAAUAAUAAUAUCAAUAAUGAUAAAAAAAAGUUACUCUUAGCGGGCUUUCAUGAUCACGUGGCUCAAAACAAAAAAUUUACCGGCGUGACAAAGAUGGCGGCUGAACUUGAGGAAAUGGCGCCUCCAUUUUCACUUCAUUCUAUGGACGAUACUGGUUCCUCUGGUAAAAAUACGAUAGAAUUGGGGACCGAAGAAGAAGAAGAAAAAGGGCAGGACCACAAAGGGGUUUUCGUUUUAAGAGAAAAAAGUGGUGUUAUUUACCCGGUUGACUACAAAUAUAGAGUUGGUGAGUUUUAAUUCAAUAUUCACGUGUACUUUUGCUCAACAAACGCAUGACUGGCGAUUCAGACAACGCAAUUGAGAUUUAGAUUGUCUGAUUUAAAAGCAACCAUUAUACUGUGAAAGCCUUUUUUUUUUUUACAUACAUCUGAGCACUCAACAUGAAGUGUAUCGGGCGUGGAAGCUUUACCUCCAAACAGUAAAAUGUUGCAACAACUACAGCUUACAAUAAGCUUAUCACGCCACAUUAAGCGCUUACCAAAAAUAUCCGGCCGAGCAAACAGCAAACUUUUAAUUUUUUGUAGCCAAGCGUAAUUAGUUCUAAUAAAUUGUUGUCUGGGGUCUCGCAUCCCUGUAAUGUUCUUGUUGUGGUUGUUGCUUACAUAAGCUAAGGAAACUUCUGCUAUUUUUCGGUCAUCCACUUCAAUCUCCUUCUUUGCCUAAUGUCAGAGGCAUUACAUAAUCUUUUAAUGGGUCAAUCAGAAUGAAAUUUGGGGGAGUAGGAGGCUGUACUUAGGAGGGAUGCCAUGCCAAUAUUGUUACAGGGCUGAAGGGGGAUUUUAGCAUUUAGCUCUUUAACACUCGAAAUGUCAGCCUAUAGAAACUCUUUAUUGUGGCCAAGUUACAUAAUCAACUGAGUCGUUAAAACCAGAUCAUCUUGUAUUAUCCCCGCUGAUGCAGCACCACAGUUUCUUUAUUCAGUACAUGUACAUUUUUUCAGUUUAGUAUAGAUAGAGAGAAGGUGAUUUUUGAGCUUCGAAUGAAAAAGAUAAUGGUAUUUAUAUAUGACAGAUGUUAUAGAUAAACGUGCACUUUAGAAAUGGCAAUUAUGAUGCUUGCAACAUUCUCUGAAUUCCCAGUAGUAUGCAGGAUGCCAGUCAGAUGAACAAUCUGAUAUUGGCCUGGCUUACUGUUUCUGGAGUGUCUGUGGCUUUGUGGUACAGCUCCAAGUGGGGAAUCUGAAGGUCUGAAGCACGAUUCCUCCUAGUGAAUCAGAAUUUUGUCUUUAUCCUAUGCUCAUGGCAUGAUUAAAAACAUCUUUCCCCAACAACACUCAUCUUUUUGGCAGUCAACUGUUGAAACCAAUUCUUGUUAAAAAAGGUAGAAAAUUACAACUUUGAUCGUGGCACAUCUUUGGACUGUGAUGGUGUUGUGAAACUUCCAUCACAUUUUUUUUGGAAGGAGGUGAAGCGAGGACUAAUGUUUUAGUUAUCAGAGAACUGCUUCUAUUUGGCACUCCUUUAUAAGGACCAAAUCAUGAAUAGUGUCAUUUGCUGAGUUUUUGGGUACUUCAGGUACUUGUGAUGAUAGAGACUUGUUUUCAUUGAUAAGAAAUACUUUUAGUUAAUCUGUAUUUGAUACUCCAAUUUUUAACUUAAUUAUACUACUAAUUUUACCAUUAUAAUAUUAGGGCUAUGAAACCGGCCAAAUAUGCCACAGUAUUACACUGCAGAACAGGGAAAAAUAUGAACAGAAAGAGGGGCCAAAAAGUCAUCUGGCUGAAUGAUCCAAACUUUGAUAGUUUGCUUUGGUUUUUCAGGCUCGACUUAUUUAAAAACAAUUACCUUUAAGCCCAACAGAUUUUUUUUGUAGGUCACAAACAACAUUUAAGGUCAAAAACAACACUUAUUAUCAUUAGUUUUUUUGUUUUGGUUUCAUCUUCCUUGCACCCCCUCUGCAAUCUAGAAGAUGCUGAGAUAAUGCUUUCGGAAUUAUUUAUCAAACUAAUAAUUAAAAUACUAGAAAAUGAAAUAGCAGUAGAAUAAAAUAUCCCUUGUUCUAAGGGUUAUUAUGUACUACAGGUGGACAUUUUGUUUCGUGGCUGAAUUUUUCCUUAUUCCCCUGAAAAAUACUACACAACUUGCAAAAUAACAGCAUUUUUGCUUGCAUGCAAUUGGGCUAAACACAUCAUGUGAUUGAUUAUUCCAGAGUUCACACUGGGGGAUAUUCAAGAAUGUCACCUGAGUGAUAUUCCCCAAUUUUCAAACCUUAAUCUAUUACAAUAACUUUUUUUUUUUAUUAAUUCAAGAUGAGAGAAUGUUUAAUGGUUGUUAUAGAAGAAGGGAAAUAUUUUUUUGUUCAUAAAGAAAACUCAAAGGAAAACAUUUCAUGCAGCAUAGAACAGGUAAUGUCUGCAAACCAAUUUAGUGUAUAUUUGCAUGCCAAAUAGAGGUUAUUGUUUAUGUAUUACAGGACUGUGUAUUUUUUAGACCAUCAUAGGUAUUUUCAGAUAAGAGAUGAAAAAAAAUGUUUGAUUAAGUCAACACCUUUCAGUUAAAAAAUUGGGUUAGUCAGAUGACAAUUAAAGGGAAGUAGGCAAGGGAUAACUUUAACCAAAUAAAAAUUCACAAAUUAAUUCUUAGAUUUGUACCCAUACGUCAAAGUAGAAACCCCUUGUACUGUUAGUUGGAAAAUGUAGGGCUGGCUAUUGAAAGAGGUCUAACACAAACCACGGUUUUAAACAAGGAGUAGGUGUUAGGGAGUCUGUAUCCUUCAUAGCUUUUGAUAAUAACUAUUAUUUUAGAUAAAAGGUUCAGCUAAAUUGAAGAUAGUGUGGAAUGUUUAAAGGCUUUACUUUGUUUGUGGACAUUGAUGAAUAUUUCUUGGAACCCCUAAAACCAGUUUCACCUCUGUGCAUGCCCAAAAAUAUUUUGUGAAAAUUUUUUUGUUGUAUUAUUUUGACCAUACCUUUGAUACAGCUUCAACUGUUGACUUCCACAAUCUGAAUUGUGAUUCUCUCUUCUUGCCACCUUAGGUUCUCUCGUGAAAUUUUAAUGUAACAAGUUUAAAGAAUUUGAAUGCUGUUAUACAAACUUAAGUGUCAUUUUCUGGCUGUCCAAGUCUAUUUAAACUUCUUCAUUAUGUUUUUAACAUACAGUUUUCAUUCAAAGUACUACAAAGAGUAAUACAACUUACCAUAUGUAACUAAUUUAUAUGUCAAUACAGCUAUGCUGACCUUUCUACAUUUUGUAAGUUGUGAGCUGUCUUUUAAACACUGUAACAUUUCAGUCCUUUUUACAAAAUCCAGCUGAUGAUAUCCAUGCAAAUUCUGAAAUCUCUUGGAAUAUUUAAUUAUUGAAGAUAAAUAUUGGUCAACUUCAUGCAUCAUCACCUUUCUGUGGGAUGUUUCUUGAAUGGCUUUGUUAAUUAUCCUGGUUAUUGUCAAAGGUAUUUGAGCAUGACUAACCAGUCUGAUAAUUCUUUCCAAUAGGUGCCUCUCAGAUAAUAAAUAGUUUUAACUUGCUUCUUGGUGCUUAGUGAAACUCAUAACACUUUGUUAAUCUUAAGGAUUUAGGGGUUUUGUUGCCAUGGAAUUUUUUGGGUACUGAUAGAAUUUAUGAUUGCAUAUGCAACAACAAACUUCAAAUUGAAAACCACAAGGAGGAAUAUUGAUGAAUCAAAAUAUUAGGAUUUGCAUAAUAAUAGUAAUCUUUAAAACUUGUUGCAUCAGGCAGCCUGCUACACAAUUAUAUUUUCUGUAGAGCAAGUAAAAAUUUCCAUCUGAAGAACUCGGGAAUUGGUAAUGGAGACUCAGAAUGAAGAUGUUGUCUACAAGAAUCCAGGUUUUGUUAUUAGUCUACAUGUUAAGGCUGUAAUUGUCAUUUAGAUAUUCAAAGAAUGCCUAUUUGAACUUUUGAGAAAUAUUCAUCACAAACUAACUAACUUGUGGGUUAUUUCAAUUAUUUUAUGCACAUUUUCAUAAAAUGCAUGAAAAUCAAGUGGUUCUCACUAGUAGGGAUUAAUUUUUGUGUAACUGGUGUUGGCAUUUUAUCAAUUCAAGUCAAAUGCUAGCUUCAGGAAUGGUUAGAGUCUACAAUUACCAUAAAUGAAUGUGGAACAACUGGUUUGUUAUUCCACUAAGUGAGAGAAAGAAGCUGUCUUGGAAAAUAAAAUCCCAGGAGUUCCUUGUGCAGUCAUAUGAUGAAAAGUUGAGAAACAACAUUUAUGUUCACAUUUUUGCUAUAUGCUGUAGGUUAGAGAAGAAUUCAGGUUGAAAAGAUUUACAUCCAGGUUGACUAAUGUAGUUUUAUGUUUUUCCUUGUUGAAGAAUCUAAAGUAAUUAUCUGACACAAUGGAAAAUGCAAACGAAACCAGUAUUCUACACUGUAGAUGUUUGGUCACAAAAUACCCUCAUAGUAAAUGGCAAAAAUAGAUAAAAGCAAUACUGUGAUGACAACUGUGAGUUGUUAUUACAUAUAGAUGAAAUGUAACUUUUAGUAAGCAUAAUGCAGAUAUAAGAUAAGUUGGUUUUACACCUGAGCUGAUAGUAUAAAGUGGUCACCUUAAAGAGUUUCUAAAACUGACUUUGUGAGUGUCAGCCCUACACUGGAGGGAAUAGGAGAGUAGGCUUUAGAAAGUCUUUAUGGUGUCUAACUUACAAACGGUAAAAUGUAGGUGUAUGGUACAUUUCCAUUUUUAAAAAAGCAAUACCAGACAAAUUAAAAAUUUAGUGCUAAUUUGACCUGACAUUUUUACCAUUUUCCUUUUUAAUUUUUAGAUACUUGCUAUCCUGGAUAUAAUCCACGUUUUGUCAAUGCACCAACUGUUAUCACAUUGGUUGGUUUACCAGCAAGGGGCAAAACAUAUAUGGCCAAAAAACUGGGUCGUUAUCUCAACUGGAUAGGCAUCAAAACAAAAGGCAAGGUUUCUUGAGUACAUAAUUAAAAGUGCAUGACUUUUUUGUUAGUGCAUGUUUAAGGGGAUCAAGUCCCUGUAUGGUCUUCUCUGCUGUUUUUGUUUUUUCAACUCUCUCUCUCUCUCUCUCUCUCUCUCUCUCUCUCUCUCUCUCUCUCUCUCUAUCUCUUACAUGUAUUAACAUAUUGAACUAUGUGAAAGAUGAGGAUAUUGAGUGUGCUUUUUAGCAAACCUCUUAAGUUAGCUACCAAAAGUCUCUGUGUUGGUGAACUAAUUAUUAAUAAUAAUUAUUUGAUUGUAUAAGCCAAUCUGAAAAGACAUUCAAUUUUGGAUCACAUGCCUACCCCCAAUAUUGUGUUUUAAGGGCUUUGCCCAGGUCUCUCUCUUUCUGCAAGCUGUAGUUUCUAAAAGGGAUUCACAUGACCCAAAAUUAAAUUUAAAAGCACACAGUAUAUAUAUACAUAUCCCCUUUUUAUAGAAGAAAAAAACAUUAAAUUUAGCUUUUUCUGGGAUAUCCUUAUCCUUAUCCUUACCAUUAAAAACUGCAUAUCUUAACUCGAAAAAGAUCCCAUGUGGAGUAGCAAGGAGUUACAUUGUGACCAUUUCUUGGAAGUGUUCAAUAUACUUGACUCAGGAACAAAAAGUUGGGUUCAAUCUCUGGCCUUCAUCUUUUCACCCAGCACAUUCUCUCCUCUGCUCAGCAAUGAAUGUGCCAGGACUUUGACUUGUAGUCUAGCACACUGUUUAUCUAGUUGUCUUUUCUCCUACUUUUUUAACAAUUAUUUGCUUAAGGCAAAGUGAACAUUGUUGAAUAAUCCUUGAGACAAAGUCAAGGAGAUUAUUCAACAAUAUUUGCUGAGCAUUACUGAAUUUAGUAUAAUUGCUUACUCAGGAGAUUUUGAGUUUAAUUGUAAAUUCUUUAUUUUUGUGGACUGUUCUGUGACAAUUGAUCACCUUGCACAAGGUGAUUAUAGCAAGAUAUGACACAAUCCUCAACCAAUCAGAGUGAACACAUCUCUAUAAUCACCACAGCAAUUAUACUAAUAAAGUAAAUAAAUAUUAUGAUGAAUGGCCUUUACAUGUUUAACCAGUGGUAGUUGUUUAAUACAUGUAUAUGCAUUGCAUGACAGUAUGAUUGUAAUAUUCAAAUUUAAGUAAAAUUUUGACAUUCACUUGUGGUUAACAGUGUUCUCCUUUUCAGGCAGUAACCAGUAACAUUUACCGCCUGUAGUACCUCUUAUUACUGGUUAACAUUGCUUGGAAUUCUUGAAAAUUCAACAUGUAAAAGGAUUGCUUUACGGGUGUAAAAAUUUAUUUUACCUGUCAUGCUUAAAAUAAGGGAGAACACUGGUAUAUCAUACUGAGGCAAUAAGUUACAGAAAGUUUGUUAAAAGGACUUGCAAAUAGAUGCUCUUUUUCUUUAUUUAGUGUUCAAUGUUGGUGAGUACAGAAGAAGGGCAGUGGGGUCUGAUAAACUACAUGACUUUUUCCGUGUGGACAAUGCCGAAGCACAAAAAGUCAGGAGGUGUGUGCGUUGGUGUAAUCAGUAAAUAUACAUUUGUAAAGGAGGCCAACUAGGCUAGUGAACACAUACAUUCACUGGCAAAGGGCAAUCAUCAAUUGUUAGAUCCUGACAAGUGUACUGUACAACAGCAUAUUAAGUUUUUCCACUGCUUUUCAUUACACCAGCACUAAGACUGGAACAAAAGAAUCAGCAUUAAUUUAUUAGUAACAAAAUAAGUGGCUCAAAUUAACUGGCACAAAGUAAUUUUGCAUGAUAACUCCAUAAACCUGUUUAACUUUUUCUUACAAUUAUGGUGCAUUUUCCAUCAGACAGGUGACAUGAAAGGAGAUAAACUUACUGAUUGAGGAUGUAAUAAUUGUUUAAAUGAUUAUUUUAUGUUUUACCAUCAAACUCAAGAGACUGAAUGUGAUCACCUUGAUAAUGGGAUAUUGGGAUGUGUUAGUAAACCUUAAAGACAGAAAAUGUUUAGCAUCACUGUGCACGGUAAUUUACAUUGCUUGAUUGGCAUACCUAAGCAAGGCAAUCAUUCUCAGAAGUUUUCCGUUUUUCACUGCUUUCUGAGUUCCACCAUUGAAAGCAAUUCGAAAACUUGUUGUUUUCCUACAGACAAUGUGCUAUAGCUUGCUUGGAAGAUGUCAGCAAGUUUUUAACUCGUGCUGGACAAGUUGCAGUAAGUAUCUUCUGUUUAUCAUAGAACAAAUUGUUUAUACCAUGGAACUUGUCUAUGAAUAUAUUUCAAAUAUUAUUGAUAAUGUUAUACCAAUAUUUCAUCAUUCUGUCUUUUGAUUUUAACCAGAUAUUUGAUGCUACAAAUACAACAUUUGAGCGAAGGGCCUUAAUCAUGGACUUUUGCACAAAAAGAGGAUUCAAGGUAACAAACAUGCCACUAAAGCUACACCACAGUAGUGAAGCUUACACAGCUUCCAUAACUCAGGACAGGUUUUGUUAGUGUGACCAUUGGUAACAUACACAUGUACAUGUUACCAUUGGCAGUAUGCAUGAUUUUAUCGCUCUGAGUAUUGUGUAGUCAGCUGUCUAUACUCUGUCUGUUGGUUCACCACAGUAUUUUAUGAUGGUGGAGUUAUAUGUCAGCUUCAUCAACUGAAUGAUAUUUUUAUUUAUCUUUGAGGUUUUUUUCAUGGAAUCCAUUUGUGAAGAUUCAGAUAUUGUCGCUGCAAAUAUUAAGGUUUGUUUUUUUUUUUUGGCAAAUUGUGUUAUUUUUAUACAGUUUAAGUAAUUUUAAUGAAAAGAUAAAUUCAAUAUAACUUUCUUUAAGCUAUCAUGCUGUAGCCACAGCCCUGUACCUCAGUUUUUUCCCACCUCUGUUCCCUUCACAUGGCUUGUUCCAUUAAAUCUGCCCUAACAAACAUAAUUAUAGUGCUAGGGUAAUUCAUGUAUGUACGUGAACAAUGCAGACCAAAGUCAAUGUUGUAAAGGCAAUAAUUUUAUUUUUGGUCUUGUAAUUCACAUAUAAAUCACAGUGUUGAAAGCUCUUUGUCUUAUUAGCAAUUAUAUUUGUUUUUUUCUUGUUGAGUCAAACAUCUUUUUAUGGCAUGUCUCAUUUAAUUGCAAGCAACAAACUUUACCAGCCAGGAGAAUUAAAAUCUAAAGAACAUUUAAACCUGAUACACUUAGUCACAAGGUAUAGGAAUUAGUUAUCAUUAAGCAAUAACCUGGUGUCAAAGCCAUUGAUAGACCAUGGUCAACCAUGGUCCUUCCAUGGUGCUCCAUGGUCAACAACUAUGGUCAACCAUGGCUUGGCAAUGGUGGAACCAUUGGCACAAAUGGCACAAAAUUGACCGUGGUCAACCUUGGUCAAAACUGGUGGUCAAUAGGGCUUGUCAGUGUAUGUGUUACCAAGUAUGACCACGACUAGAAAACAUGUAGAAUUAAUGUUCCGCUACGUCGAAGGGCUAACGCUCGAAACGUCAACUUUGAAACUGUUUAUAGUGGUCAAUUGACCCUAUCAACUACAGUGAUAAACCAGAUUAUCAUGUUUUGAAAGAGACAGGUUCUUCAUGUUGUGUAAUGUACUUAAAAAAAAUGCUUUUAUUCCUCCAUUAUAUUUGUGUUUGACUUUUCGUUUAAUAAUUUGUUCUUGUGUUCAUUUGGUGCGUUUGUUCGUGUAGUUGUUCCUCUGACAACAAAACCAACUGACCAGAAAAUUAAUGAAGAGAAGCAAUCUUUGUCCUUACAUCUGUUUGUUCUCUCAUUCAUUCAUUCCUUUUUUCUUUAUUCCAUUUCCUUACUUUAAGAUUUCUCUGUUCUUUCUGCUUUCAUUAUUUAUUGGUAAACUGCAUUGACCGUUCUGUAUGUCUUUUUAAGAUUUGCGCAGAUAGUUUACUCGACCCCAAAGUACAUAUAAGAUUUGACAAUGUUAAUUUGAAUUCCAAGUGCCUUGAAUAUUUUUCAUCACAGGCUAGUGCUUUGUUUCUAGAUAUAAAAGACAAAGGACCUUGGCACAUGCAAUUUCUUCAAACUCCGUUUACAUUUCAAGGAUUUCUUUUCUUUCCUUUUAUUUUUCUUUUCCAUCACGGUUUUAAACUUCCUAAACUAGAUUAUGCUGAAUUUGCUUUUUGUAUUUUUAUUUACAGGUGAUGGGACAUGAAUUUCUCAGUAAUGAGGAGUUUAAAACAUGGGAGGUAUGGGUAGAUUCUCCAGCUUCAACUUUACCUCCACAGGAAGUUAAAGUUUUCAGCCCAGACUAUGUGACUGUGGACCGAGAUACAGCCGUUAAAGAUUUCAGGAAGCGUAUCAAGCACUACGAGGAUGCAUAUGAACCACUUUCAUUAGAAAAAGAGGGGUGAGUUAAAAAAAUUCUGUUAAUUCUGGUUAAAACAAACAAACAAACAAACAGACAAACAAACAAACAAACAAACAAAAGCAAUAGUUCAAACUGGAAAAACCCUUUACAUAAUCUGUUAACCCUUCAGUCCCUAAUGCCAGUAUUUAUAUUCUCCAUACUGUUCUCUAUACAUUUACUAAAGUGCUUACAAGAAGAAUUUGUUUAAAAAUCAAGAGCUUCUUCAGUUGGUGAUCAUUUCCUUUUAUCUCGUGGCCUUAAUGUGUGAUUCAAGGGUAAUUGGGUUGAUUAAUGCUCUGACCUUUCUUUUCUCCCCUCUUACCGUCCUUUCAAUUUAUCGUCUCACUGUAGUUCAGUUUCUCCCUUCUCUCUUGGCAAUUCCUGCAUAAAUUAUACUAUCCAUCAGUUUCCCUUCAAUAUGUACUCUCUCGCACUCUCCCGCACUCUCCCGCACUCUCCCGCACUCUCCCGCACUCUCCCGCACUCUCCCGCACUCUCCCGUACUCUCCCGCACUCUCCCGCACUCUCCCGCACUCUCCUGCACUCUCCUGCACUCUCCUGCACUCUCCUGCACUCUCCUGCACUCUCCUGCACUCUCCUGCACUCUCCUGCACUCUCCUGCUCCCCUGCACUCUCCUGCACUCUCCUGCACUCUCCUGCACUCUCCUGCACUCUCCUGCACUCUCCUGCACUCCCCCACCUCUCCUGCACCUCCUGCACUCUCCUGCACUCUCCCGUACUCUCCCGUACUCUCCCGCAUUCCCCGUACUCUCCCGCACUCUCCUGCACUCUCCCGCACUCUCCCGUACUCUCCCGCACUCUCCCGUACUCUCCCGCACUCCCCCAUACUCUUCCGUACCCUCCCAUUCAUAAUCCAUUCAUUUGUCCAAUCUUCCCCCAACGCAUCUUCUUGCUUUCCUCCUUAUUUUAUUUUUUUUUCUCACCUUUCUCAUCCCAUUUGUCCUCCUCACACCUAUCCUUGCUUCUCGGCAUUUGACGAGUAAGUGACGAUCUACUUGUACAAUUUAUGAUUACCCCCAAAAAAAAAAAAAAAAAAAAAAAAAAAAAAAGCAAAACAAAAGAAACAAACAAAAACAUUAAGAAUCAAUUUUGACAUAGCUGAUAGAUUAAUUUAUACAUGUAUUUAUUUCUCUUCGUAUUUUUCUAUUUAAAAGGCAUCUUUCAUUCAUCAAGAUCAUCGAUGCAGGAGAACAGUACAUAGUAAACAGCAUUGAUGGUAAGUCUCGGCAAUGAAAUAUGAUGAAAUACAGAAGUUCAAUAUGAAUUGAUUAAAGCUAAUUUUGGAAUAGUUUUUAGAGUUUGCAUGGCUUGCUUCAUUAAGAUAAAAACGUUGUAAGUAAUAUGUCAAAAAUAAAGGUUAUGCAGAGUAAACAGUUACAUGCUUAUUGGUUGAAUAUUGUUCGUUAGGUUACCUUCAAAGCAGAGCAGUCUAUUUUUUGAUGAACUCCCACAUCAAGAAGAGGUCAAUAUAUCUUGCUAGGGUGAGUUUUUUUCUCCAUUUCCUCCAGGCCGAGACCGAGAGGAAUGAUUCACUCGUAGUGCAAAUACAGGUGUGACGGAGUAAACCUACUUUGGCGACAUGUGUAUUUUGUAUAAAUUUUCUAAGCAACUAACCUAGUAUUGAUAGGAAUUUUGGGGGUAAAAACAAGCCAAAUCCUGAGGAAUACUUUAUAUUUAAUACAUAAUAUGAAUACGUCCCAUUUAUUAUAUGGUAAGGUAGUGUUGGGGUAAAUCCGAGCGAUCUCAUUGGUUUUUACUUGGUAGGGAUUUUGCCAUAUGGACGAUUUCUACGGAAACGGUUAUGGGCUGUGUAUUUUUGUUCUUGAAAGCCGGAAAAUUCCAACUAACUAGUGCCAUAUAAUAAGUUACUUACUAACCUUACUUGCCCGAGCAGUACUGAGAAAUAUUGGCCCUCGGUCGUUUUUGUACGGCCCUCGUGCUCGGUUUGUAAGAAGUUAAUAUUUACAUUUUAAGUACGAGAUGAGGGUCUUAAACUUGUCCCCUUUUUUGUGGCAAGGAGAAAGAAAACCGAAUAUUUCAUAAACCUCACAAAUACUAAUUAUAAACAAUUGUUUAAUUAUUUUGAAAAUAAUUAUAUCUCAGUAUUUUGAUAUGCAAGUCCUCAAAAUUGUUUGGGUUCAUUGUAGCAUGGUGAGAGUGAAUUUAAUGUUCAAAAGAGACUUGGGGGCGAUUCUGAUCUGACAGCCAAAGGAGAGGAGGUAUGUCGCUGUCAUAAACACUGAUUUUGUAAUUGAGGUAUUACAGACCUUAAGCAAGAACACGACGGCGACGGCAACGAGGACGUGGCAAAACAAAAGAUCAGAACAGUGGCCUUGCACGUGCGUUUUAAAACUUUGUACGUUUCUUAGCCGUCCUUAUUGCCAGUCGAAACCCGAUUCUUGAUACUUGAAGUUUUCGAGCUUCAAGGGUCAAUUUUCAUGAAAUUCGGGACUAUCAGCAAAUCUUUGACUUGACUUUGCAACACCAAUGAAUGAACUACGCUCAACAGCAUUCUCGUCUCUUUAUUUCCUACAGUUUUCAUCAGCUCUGGCGAAAUUUAUCGAAGAUGAAAAAAUCAAAGAUUUAAAGGUUUGCAGAAACGUUAUGUAACGAGUAUCUGGAAAUUAAAAAUUUAUCUGGCUCUCUUAGGUUUUUUUUCUUGUUAUCGAACAAAAAUAAACGGCUCACAAGAUUAUUUAGUUGCCCUCUGUCGUUGAACAAAUUCAAUGGUAAAGUGGUUGAACCUUUGUUCGUGUAGUCUCAUCGUCCGGCGAGAGUAAUCCUUAACAGAACUGUUGUCAAUAACGGGGGAAUAACUUUUUUUCCCUUUUUUUUAACUUGGUCGCAUUAACUUUAGGUUUGGACAAGUCAGUUAAAAAGGGCAGUGGACACUGCUCAGUAUCUCAAGGGAGUGACAACUGAGAGAUGGAAGGCACUUAAUGAAAUGGACCACGUAAGUCGUUCCUUGUAGUUGUGCCAAAAAAUGUUUUGUAAUGAUUGUAUUUUGUGUGCUUUUCUAACGUUGGUUUCCUGCCUUAAGAAAUCGUAGUAAGCCAUGCGAGUUUAUCAUUCACAACAGGGCUAUUGUGUAAUGUUCCCGAGGCUGAAUCUUGGAAAAAAAAUGUCAGAUAGUGAAACCGAUAUCUAGUCCAUUAAUCUGAUUGGUCAGUUCAGUAGUUGUUUCCAAAUAUGUAUGUAACAAAUUUUGCUGUUUGAUUUGACUUGUUCUGUCAUUUCAUUUUUCAGACGUUUAUUUGAUUAAAUAAUCAAAUUAUUGAUAAAGAAAAUAUAUUGACUAAUUUUGUUUGUUUUUUUGUUUUCUAUUUGUCUUGUUUCUUUUUUUUUUUAUUCGAUAUCAGGGCAUCUAUGAUGGAAUGACUCUGGAUGAGAUAAAAAAGAUGGACCCUGAAGAACACAAAGUUAUAGAAGAACACCCGUUCAAUUAUCGAUACCCCAGGGGAGAGGUAAUGCGUCCUUUCCGUUACAAAUUUCUUCCCCCUUCCCUCCCCCUCACAAUGUGAUAUUUACCUUUGUUCAGGUCGAAUCAAGUUUUUCAAGUUUCUCUUCCUCGUUGAUUUUACAGUAAUGAUAGCAGUGUUCUCCCUUAUUUUAAGCAUGACAAGUAAAAUAAAUUUUCAAACCGGUAAAGCAAUCCUUUUACUUGUUGAAUUUUCAAGAAUUCCAAGCAAUUUUAGAUGGUAAUAAGAGGUACUACAGGCGGUAAAUGUUACCGGUUACUGCCUGAAAAGGAGAACACUGAUGAUAGGUUUUAUUUAUAUCAGAGAGCACUCGACAGUUUUAGAAACACCGAUUAAUCCACGGCUCUCACUGAAAUUACAUAAACGAAUGAUCUAAGUCAAUCAAUGAAAUCUAAAAUCUUGACAUUUUCUUUGUUAUCUUUUAGUCUUAUAGUGACGUAUGCGCUCGACUCGAACCAGUAAUAAUGGUAAGUUGACAAUCAAGAACAUUUACGACUUGCCCACGACCUUGAAGCGAUGUUAAUUCGUUGUACUGUGUCUUCUCUUUCACUUCAGGAAUUAGAAAGACAAUCCAAUGUCUUGGUCAUUUGCCACGAGGUAAGUUUUUUUUUUCCCCAAUUCGUUUGCUUUAUUUGACAGACUGCUCUGCUCUCAUCUUUUUUAAUUCAUUGCGAGAACUCCGAAGAAAUGACAAGAAGCCAAAUAGAAUAUGCACACAAAAACAGAGCAGUUGUCUUAAUUAUUUUAGAGGUUUAAGUUCCUUAUUAGUUUCUGCACAACCAUCUCAUGGUUCCUUCUCUGAAGAGGGACUUUCAUGUGAAAAAUGAAUUACUGCACAAGAAAAUUGAACUGUGCUACUCUAUUAAUUCUAGAAAGUUACAUGAAAAGUGCCAUUUUGAUCCUACUUCCUGGGUUUUUCUUUAAAAUGCUUUAAAAGUUGAACAUUAUGAUUAUAACAACACGAACUAAACCAAAAAAACUUAAGUAAUAAGUAAUUGUCUCUUCGUUUGCUUGUUAGUUAUUUAUUAGCUUUUCUUCUCCAUCCUUUAUUUGUUUGUUUGUUUUUCUUGAGGAGAUGAUAGAAAACAAACAAACCAAAGAAAAAUGAAUCAUGUUGUGGUGACACAGUCGCUCUUUUCUUUGUCCCUCGUAUAGGCUAUCCUGCAGUGUCUCAUGGCAUACUUUCUGGACCACAGCUCAGGUAGGCUUUUCAACAUACUGUUACAAUCAAAUUUAGCUUCUUUAUCGGUGCUGCUGGAGCUACGCAGAUUAUUGCAAAAAGAAUGAAUUCUACAGAUAAAAGGGAUAACUUUAGUAUUCUCUCUUUAGGAGAACUGCCAAAUCUUCACAUUCCUUUUCACACAGUCUUCAAACUGACGCCGAUUGCUUAUGGUGAGUUGAAAAAAAGUGUUGCAUCGUUUGAUGAGCUAAUUAAAUCAAUGUAUUUUCAUUUUGAUGGACGAUUUAAUCAGCGAAACGUUUAAUCCUUACUUCCACAUUACUGAUCCUACAAUCUUUGAAAAAUUCUGGAAGAUAACGAGAAAAAAUGUUAAAAAUGAGCAAGUUUUCUCAGCAUGUGAACAACAGUACCCUACUCCCUCUUUGCGAUGUUCAUAAAAGUCCUGACAACAUUUGGGAAAGCUGCCGUCUUUUUUUGAAUUAGGGAGGAAGGGGUGGGGGGAGGGAGAGAAGGCAUGGAGAGUUUGGAACUCUGAGAGCAGUUUUGACAGCAUACGUUUGGACAUAACAGUAACGGUUUCCAAACAACUUUGGUCCAGGAUUGUAGCGGUAUAUAGAGAGCUUGUCAUGUACGAGGCGAGUGCAAAGCCUAGCUCAAUUGGUCGUUGCUCAUUUGGUCGUGUCUGCUACCGCUAAACGAAAGGUCUUAGGUUCAAAUCCUCAUUUUCAAAGACCAGGCUCACGAUUUGCCAACAUGAUUACCUUUCUCUUUCCGCUUUGUGUUUGUGACUUUAGGCUGCAGAGUUGAGAGGUAUCCACUUUCCCCAGUGGCUGGGACAAGCCCACCAGGCUCAAGCAGGUAAGAGAUUAUCCCUGAGAUCCUUAGAAAAAAUAGAUGGCCCCUGUCAUCGCGCCCCCCCCCACGCCCUUUUGUAAUUUAUUGUGUAACUCCGAGAAAAUUACAAGAAGCUUAAAAGAAUAUGCACACAAGAACAGAGCAGUUGUCUUAAUUAUUUUAGAGCUUUAAGUUCAAAAUAAGUUUCUGCACAACCAUCUCGUGGUUCCUUCUCUGAAGAGGGACUUUCAUGUGGAAAGAGAACAUAUCCGCUUUUCAAAUCUUGUUCAGGUUUCCAAUGAUUUUAAAAUGCGGUCGUUAACCCCUUCUUCUUCUCUGGAACGAUGCCCAACAAUUAUAAGACCUCGAUAAAGUGCACAGAAAGCACGACAAUAUUGACAAUAUUGCUUUUUAGAGGGGAAGAGUCGGUUUGAUUCUUAAGUUGAGUGUCUUUUACCUCCAUGGUAGAAGGAGGAAUCUCCCUCGCAGCCGUUGUUUAGUUGUUUUUGUUUAGUUUUUUUCUGGUGUGCUAAUGAGACUAUAGAAGGAUCGGCAUUUAAUCUUAUCCGUUCUUCUAUUAAGCCCUUUUCUCAAGAAAGUAAUAACCAGUAAUGUUUGGCACUUACAUUGGAAAAAUUAUGUUGUUAUUGCAGUACAUAG